UACUUACCUAAGGUUAGAGGUUAUUGGGUAUUCAUUCACAUUAACGUCUUAACUUACGGACUUAACCUUAUUCCGAAUUAUUAUAUCAAGACUAGAGGUCAGUCAAAUUCAUUGACUACCGGUAUAAAGCCUAGAAUAAAGGGUCGGCAACCACAUAUUUUUUAUCAUCUUGACAUCAUCCAGCCGACGACAUGGUAACUCGACAUGCAGUAGCCACAGUGGCCUGCUCUCACUGCCGUCUGGCUGCUUUGAAAUUAUUUGCUUGUUCUACGAAUACUUUGCCCACUAUAAGACCUAGUCCUUUACAAUGUCGACCGCGACUAGUUACUGGGAUGCCAAUUCGGGCAGUCUCAUCUCGGUUAUCUCAAAAUGACAUCUCAAAUAGCAAGGUGUCGACCGAAAUAGACCAAGAAAAGGACGACAUAUCUGAUGAUAAAAGUCAUGAGACUACCGCGGAGAGCACGAGUCUAACUAGUACCCCUUGGUAUCUUCAAGUCGAGCCUCCAAGACAUGUGGCUACUAUUGAGCCGCCGCCAUUACCGGAAGUUCCUUCAGAAUCUCCGGAGAUCAUUAGCUCAUUAUUAAAAUAUGUUUCCGAGGAGUUGGGCCUUGACGAACUUUCUCUGUUAGAUCUUAGGGAACUAGACCCCCCAGCAGCACUAGGCCCGAACCUUUUCAUGUUGUUUGGCACAGCACGGAGUGAGCGCCAUCUCAACGUAUCCUCUGGGCGGCUGUUACGAUGGCUACGAGCUAAGCAUCAUAUCUGGGCUCACGCUGACGGCUUGCUCGGACCAAAUGAGCGUAAGACAAAGCUGCGUCGGAUAGCUAAGCGGGCGAAGCUCCUGGGGGGUGUUGAGGAUACCGAUGACGGCAUUAGAACUGGCUGGAUAUGUGUUAAUUUAGGGACCAUAGACCAGGGCAAAGAGGAGUCUGCGGUUGUUGCCGGCGAUGGGCGUGUUGCCGGUUUCGGUGCCGCUCAAGAUGGAUCUACAAUUGUCGUUCAGAUUAUGACAGAAUCUCGAAGAGCCGAAAUGGGCCUCGAAGCUUUGUGGAAACAAAGUAUAGGUCAACCCAUCGAAAUCGUCGUAAAGUCGGAGCACAAGCCCGUGGAACUGGAUCAUAGGCCUACAAAGCCUGAACAUAGGCCCAUAAAUUUUGAGCACAGGCCCAUAAAAUCGCAGCAUAGGCGGCCAAAGUCAGAGGUGAAGGAUACGGAAGACCUCCACCCAUUGGAGAAGGCUAUUCUCGCCAGUUCGCGCCGGCAUACAACUACUGGAAACAAUCCCUUCAACGACACGUCAAGUAAACCGCCUUUUGAGCAGACACGGUUUUAUUCAACACAUCGGACGAUCGGAGAUGAAGCACCGGUGAUCAAGUCACUGUUUAAUAUCGAAUCGGAACAGGCACUUGAGCAGAGUCUAAAAUUUGAUGUUCAUCAGAAAUCCAGUAUUCUAUCUCUACUAGAAGCUCGGCUUGGCCAUCCAUCUGUCAUUUCUACUUCAGAUGAAGGGCGAUCCUUCUCGAAGUCUUUCCUUCGAUUAUCCCAGCUUGCGUGCCAGGGCCUCCAUCCAUCUGAAACCUGGGGGUUUCGUCUCGCAGUUCACACGAAGGCAUGUGAGCUUGGUAUAAAUAAUCUUACUGAGUUGCCAAACGACAUAUGGCAGUUGGUCGAAGAAAUGUGCCUUCAUGGCAUCCUUUUCACGCGGCAACAGUGUCUGCAGCUUUUGACGUGCAUUUACAGCUCGGAUAUAGGGGGUUUAGAUGAACAAACGAGACUGGCCCUACUACUCUUGAAAACAGUUCAGCAACGUGGGAAACCAGUCCUCGCUAGUGAUAUUAUCGUCACUAUUAUCGAAGCAGCAGCUCGAUCUUAUAACCGAUCCGCGUCUCAAGAUUACAUACAACUCAUGAAGCGACUAGAAGACGUUUUGGUGCAAGCGGAUUUAUCCCAACUAGAGGAACCACAGAUCAUGAGACUCAUGAAAGUAUACAUCGAAAUACGUGAUUGGAAAAGAUUUCGGAACGUAUGGGGCAUACCUGCGAGGCACCUACGCCCGCGCUCGGCAGCUAUGUAUAUUCAUGCCUAUAAUCUGGCAUCCGCUACGGGUUCACAUUCGGUUUGUAGAGCGAUGCUAAGAUGGUGCUUUCAGGAGAUGCUCUCAGAGAACCCGCCUGUGCUACCUCGUGGUGUAGUGCUAGAUGCUAUUAAAAGGUGCAUUGAUAUAGCUGAUAAAACUGCCCAGGAGAUCUUCACGUCCAUACUGAGAAAUCCCCAUUCUCACGAAACUCGAAGAGGAAAAGAAUUCGUCAGGCUUUUGAGUAGCAUACAUUUGAUAAAUCAGACCGGUGUGCGAUAGGCUUAAGGAUGGACGAUGUACAAUCUUAGAGUCAACAUCGGCAUAUAAACCUACAAGUUAACUCGUCUCCAUGGCCAUUUUGGAAGUUGUCGGCCAAGAUUUACGAAACCAACGUAUCUUCCAUGCAAGUUAGUUGAAUAUAUUAAACCUAUGACCUCUCUUGCUUUCGCACGAGGUCGUACAGGUGAUUCGUUUUCACUCUUCAGUUCGAUUCUCCAGCUGCGUCAAUCAUAACAACCUUCCCUUUCCGGAAACCCUGGUCUCCAUUGUAUAUCCGCUGAAUCGUAAGCAUGGAUGUGGGCACGCUGGCGUGUUGCGUUAGUUCAAACCGUAUACCCCGGCUUCUAUACCUAGACCCCAUAAUCCUGCUUCGCUGAACCUGACGACAAUAAUAAUCAACUGACCUACAAUCAACACGAACCCAAGCAUAUAUACCUAAUUUCCAACUGCGAUAUAUAAAAGUCUACGCCAAGAUCAACUACCGAAAUAUCCCAAGUCGGUUUUCCUCCAGAAGGUCCUUAACCGAUUUGCGGGAGGGAUUAGAACUUUAGAUCCGCACCUCACCGAAGUCCAACUAAGGCAGGU